AUGUCUCAGUCUCGCCAAGUCAAUUUCCUUAGCCGUGGUAUCAAUAUUGUUGGCGACCUCUACUCUCCAGUCGCCGGCGCACCGGAUCGCAAAAGAGCUGCCAUUGUUGUUGGUCAUCCCGGAACCGGUAUCAAGGAGCAGACAUCUGGUCUCUACGCUAAGACCCUUGCAUCCCAGGGCUUCAUAACUCUCGCUUUCGAUGCUGCUUAUCAAGGCGAGAGCGGUGGAGAGCCACGCUACUUGGAAGACCCACAUCAGAGAGUCGAAGACUUUCGAAACGCUGUGACAUUUCUGUCGACGCUCGACGGGGAAGUUGAUCCGGAAAGAAUUGGCAGUCUAGGUAUUUGUGCAUCUGGAGGCUACUCGAUUUGCGCUGCUCAGACCGACCUACGCAUCAAAGCCGUGGCAGCUGUAAGCGGCAUAUGCCUAGGUACUAUGACUCGGAAGAACAUGCAAGAUCCUUCUGGCGCCAUUGAUCAGACGAUUUUGCGAUCGGGACUCGUCUGGGCGGGAAAAGAACGCAUCUCAGAGGCGGGAGGAAAUCAACCCGAGACAAUUAGUGUCCUGCAGUCAUUUGAAAAUGCUAAGGAGUACUAUGAGACUUCUCGUGGGCAGCAUCCCAGAUGUACGAAUCUGCAACUUGUGAGGAGCCUGGACACGCUAGCCACUUACGACUCCUUCGCAUUUAUCGACUGGAUCUCGCCGCGGCCGAUGUUGAUGAUUAUAGGGAGUGAAGCAGACAAAGGAAAUGGCGAAGCGCUAGACACCGGCGGGUUUAGCAGGGCGGCGAUUGAGCGAGCUAAGGAGCCGAAAGAGCUGUUUGUAGUCAAGGGUUUAGGGCAUAUUGAUUUGUAUGAUCAUGUGUCUGAGUCCGUUCCUAAGAUUGCCGAUUUCAUGGGGAGAUCGCUAUGUACUUGA